UUUUUGCGGUGGCUGUUCAGGCCAGCCCCGGCCUAAUUUUGUGCAGCCCGCGUGCGUGCGAACGUGCGUACAAAUCGUCACACGCCGGCGCGCCGCAGCGAUGCCGCUCGCCCGUCGCACGAGUCGAUAACUAAAGGAUGCCGCUCCUGCUACAGGCGCGCAUCACCUCGGUGAGCUUCGAGGAGGCGAGAUAUAGGCACUACCGCGCGCGCCAGCGGAGAGAUGGUGCCCUGCAGAAGGCCGCGGCCCAGGUGCGAAAAAGGGCGCCGUCGCCGUUCGACGAGGACGCGGCCCAAGCGACGCGGCGCCUCUUCGCGCGCACGGUGGCGCAAGUUGUCGAGAUUCAUGCGUUAGAGCGGACCUUCGACGCGUGGCGGAGCCUCGAGGCGCGGCCGAAGGCGCCUCCGAGCCUGCCCGCGCGGCCGGCGACGAACGGGGCUCCGGACGAGGCCAAGUACGACCCGCGCGCCCUGGAUCUGGGCGCGCGCCUGGCGCAGCGCGUCUUAGAUGAUCAGAAGGCGCGGUCGCGGUUGCGCCAGUGGUCCUCCAUCACGAAGCGGCCGGCGUCGCCCGCUCUCUCAUCUCUGACCGAGGAUUUCGUGGUCGUGGAGGACGCGCCGCCGCCGCCGCCGCCUCCCAUCGAGUCGCCCGUCUCGCCCGCGCUGUCUGAUCAACGAAGGGAGCUCGCUGACGUCAUCGCCAAAAAUUGCGGGCUCGUGGCGCUCUGCCGGUCGUUGUCGCGGCGGCGGCGGGCCGACGCCUUUAGGAGGUGGGCGUCGUGCCACCGGACGGAGCACACGAAUGGCCUCGAGAGCGCGCUCUUCGAGGCGCAGCGCACGCUGGACGCGCGGCGGACGCUCGUGGCUCUCGACGACGCCUGGCGGCGGCGGCGGCGGGAGCGGCUGCGGCGCGUGAUCGGUACAUGGCGGGCCCUGAGCGCCGCGGUCGACGUGGCGGCGGCGGAGGCGCUCCGCGACGAGCUCGAUGAUACGAGAGAGCAGCUCGGGAAGGUCACGCGGGAGCGCGACGCGGCGAAAGCGGACGCGGCGGCGGCGGCGACGCUCCGCGGCGAGCUCGCGAGUGUCACCGAGGAACGCGACGCCGCGCGGGAGGAGCUCGCGACGGCGGCCACGCGGGUGGAGUCGCUCCGCGGCGACAUCGAUAGUUUGUCGGCGGAGCGCGACGCGGCGAACGCGGCGCUCGAGACCGGCACCGCAGCGGCGCAAGAGCUUCGCGGCGAGCUCGAGGCUAUGACCGAGGAGCGCGACGCCGCGCGGCGCGAGCUCGAGGCCCGCUCCGGCGACGCCGACGAGCGGAUCGCGCGCGCCCGCGAGGCGGCCGACGAGGCGCGGGCCGAGGCCGUGCGCCGCGCCGUCGCCGCGGCGGACGCGCGGGCCGAGGCCGCGCUGGACGAGCAGCGGCGGCGGCACGCCGACGAGCUCGAGGCGGCGCGCAGGCGCGCCGUCGAGGUCGCCGAGGUCGUCGAGGGCGACGCCGCCGAGGCCGAGAGCGCCGUCGCGGCCGCCCGGGCGGAGGCCGAACAGCUGCGCGGCGAGGUCGAGCGGUUACAAGCCGAGCUCGACGGCGCCCGCGCGGAGGGCCGCGAGACGUCGGCGACGGCGGCCGAGGCGGCUGAGGCGGUCGCCGAAAGGGCGCGCACGCUCGAUCGGCGGCGGAGCCUGGCGGCGCUGGACGCGUCGUGGAGACGACGGCGGCGCGAGUCCGUGAGGAGCGGCUUCCUCAAGCUCGGGGACGCGGGCCGCGCCAACCAACAACUGCGCACGAAGUUAACGGCUCUCUCGGACGCGUGCGAGCGUCGUAGGCGAGAUAGGAUGAGGCGCGUGCUCGCGCGGCUGACGACGUCUGGAGCGGACGGUGCCUUGAAAGCCGCGCGGAACGCCUGGGCGCGGGGCAACGUGUCUAGAAGGCUCGAAGAUGCGAAACGGAAGGCGUUUUACCGGAUGCGCUGCUUGACGCUGGAAAAGGCCCUCUCAUUUGAACGGAGCCGGGCGGAUACCGUGGCGGGCGACAUAUCGGCCGCGGAGUUUACGGCAUUAGACGCUUCCGCGCGGCGCGAGCGGGCCGACGCCGCGGCCGCAUCAUCGCAAGCCGCGGCCGCACGUGCCGACGCUGCUUUAGCUCGGGCCGUCGCCGACGCGGCCGAGGCGGCCGCGGCGUCGGGCGAGCAGGUCCAGAACGCCGCUCUCGCGGAGGAGCGCGCGUCGACGGAGCGGGCGCGCCUCGAGCAAUUACUAGUGGACGCGAAGAUGGAAAUCGUGCACCUCAAAGCGGCGAUGGACGCGAUACAACCCUCCGAGCGCGCCUCCCAAUACUCGUCGGCGCCGCCCUCCGAGGCGUCGGAGCUCGGCGAGGCGCCUCCCACAUUGCCGCCGCGGAGCCGCGUGGGCCGCCUGAAGUCCGCGGCGGCGUCGGCGCGGGCGUUCGCGUCGCGGCGGUCCGGGCGGGAGAAGUAA